UCGUUAAAGAUUUCCUUCUACAUUUCCUAUCCUUUCAUUCGAAACGAUCGCGGAACGUGCAGUCGUGUUUUCUUUGUGGCAUAGUUUUAAGGACGCAACAAGGCAGCAAAGCGACCAUGGGCGACGAAGAUGAUUGUCCACCACUCUGCGAUGCAAUGGACGGUGUCGAUUCGAACGGUGAAGACGACGAGUGGGAAGUAGCCGAGGAGCAGAACGAACCGGUGAAAUGUUUGUUCUGCGAAACCAUCUCGCCAACGAUGACGGUAGCCAUACGGCAUGUGAAACAGCAGCAUGAUUUCGAUCUGGCCGGCAUUAGGAGAAAGUUUCACCUCGAUGAGUAUUCAUACAUUAAGAUGAUCAAUUAUAUUCGGCGUGAGCAGCCCAGUCCGGAGCAGUUUAAAUCGACCGCAGGGAGCACUGUCCCAUGGGCGGAUGAUAAAUACUUGAAACCGGUGGCCAACGAAACUUGGUUGAUGUUCGAUCUGGAUGAACUGGAUGAAAUAAUGCUGAGCAAUGGCGCUGGUAAUGUGUCAUCGACGGGCGAGAAGGAGAAUGGGAACGAUAUCGGUGAAACCAUGACACUCACGACGGACCAGUAUCGAAAGCUGCACGGAAUCAUUAACGAUCUGACGGCACAGCUGCGUGAGAAGGAAAAUCUGUUGCAGCACGCCGCCAGCAGUAUUGAGAAGAUGAAGGAAAGCUUCCGAAAUUUGAUGGCCGAACAGCAGCAACCGGCUACCCAAGCGGACGCAUGCUCGGCCGGAGCUGAUAAAAAGUUGCAGCAAAUAAAAAACAAACUCCAGCACUGUGUGAGCAGUGUUUCGGUGGACGACGAUCAGAGCUACUUCAACACGUACUCACACUUCGGCAUUCAUCAUGAUAUGCUGAGCGAUGAGGUGCGAACUUCGAGCUACCGAGAUGCGAUCCUGCGGAAUGCAGAUAUUAUAAAAGACAAAACCGUGCUGGAUUUGGGUUGUGGAACGGCCAUUCUUUCAAUGUUUGCCUCGAAGGCAGGUGCGAAAGAAGUGAUCUCGGUCGAUCAGUCCGACAUCAUCUACCAGGCGAUGGAUAUCGUGCGCAAGAACAACAUCGACAACAUUCGAUUCGUGAAGGGGCGGCUGGAAGACACCGAGCUCCCGGUCGAGAAGGUCGACAUCAUCGUUUCGGAGUGGAUGGGCUACUUUUUGCUGUUCGAAGGUAUGAUGGACAGUGUGAUUUACGCUCGCAAACAGUGUCUGCGUGAAGGCGGUUUGAUUCUGCCCAAUCGCUGCAACAUCAGCAUCGCCGGGUACGGUGACAUAGAACGGCACAACGAGUUUAUCGGCUUUUGGAAGAAUGUGUACGGGUUCGAUAUGUCGUGCAUGAAGAAAGAAGUGCUUCGCGAGGCGAUGGUUGAAGUGUGCAAACCCGAACACAUCAUUACCAAUGCGAACAUUAUCGCAAACUUCGAUCUAAUGGAGGUGGACGUAGACUGUCCGAAUUUUAGCUACGAUUUCGAGCUGACCGUCAAACGGGAUGCGCAGCUGACGGCGUUGAUCGGUUAUUUCGACACGUUUUUCGAGCUACCGGAACACGUAGAGUUUUCCACCUCACCCUACACGAGACCCACACACUGGAAGCAGACCAUUUUCUAUCUUGAGGAACCGGUGCCGGUGAAAGAGGGACAAUCAAUCGGCGGCAAGUUUGUCUGCCGCCGCGAUCCGAAGGAUGUGCGUUCGUUGUUUAUCAAUAUUGAGUUUUUGAACAUGGUUCUCAAAUAUACACUCAACUAGCAGAUAGGAAUACUGAUCUUGAUUAGUUAAAGUAGUGACCCCUGCCGUACUGUGCGGAUAAUCGACGAUACAUGAAAGCUUUAACUUUUCGAAAAUAUACAUCAAUUAUCAACUGCUCGUUCGCACGUAUAUCAACUUCGACGGUUCCCCAGCAAGGAGAAAAACAAAGUGACCCCGCGAGCUUCUAAAUCAAUUUUUGGGAGCAGGGAAUGCAAGCAAUAGAGAGUAGAAAAUACAGAUUUCAUCCUUAAUGGCCAAGACACGAUGGUUGUGAAGUAAAACAACGGAAAACUACAGUUAAAUAGUGAGGCAACUAUUUUCUGUUUCUCUUUACGAAGCGAUCCGGAUACAGCGGAAACACUUACUCUCUCGAAACGCUCAUUCACGCACAGCUCACUCCGUUGCGGUGAAAGCAAAGUAAUGGCAAUCCAAACAACUGGCGCUAAACAACCAACCCCAACCCCGAUUAAUCCAACGACAAUCUACUUACUAGCUUAGAUCAACCGGCCAUUUGAUGGCCGCCGACCAUACAAAGGAAACCCACAGGAAUAACGACCAUAAAACUUUUUUCUCUACCGAAAGUACUUUAAAAGAACAUGAAAACUCGCCAGUCGGUGAAAAAAGAUACGCACGAGAGAAAUGGAAUCGCACGAAAUGCCGCGGGUAUUCAGAAAAGGUCGUCGGCAAUUGAAAGCUUUAAUUUUCACAAUUUAUAGUGGAAAAAGAACAGAAAUCAUUCUCUGUGAACGCGAAUGCAAAUAUACUUAAUGGACAUUGAACAAUAUACAUAACCAAGGCAAACAGGUAUCGCUUGAAGAUAAUAUGCGGAAUUAUCGAUACUAUUUUUCAGAACUACAGCUAGUGGCAACUGGAAGUCAGUAAUAAGUCUAAUUUUGGAAUAUUGUGAAGAACUUUUUUUGGGAAAACCGAACAAAGCACAUCGAACCGGGGUCGGACAAGAAUGGUUUAGAUGAUUCAGUAAAGAGUAAUGCUUUAACUUAUUUGCACAAACAAGUAUUGCUUUAGUGAACAGACAUUGCAAGUUGAAAGACAUUCUAGAUAUGUUCGUACUGAUUCUGUUGACAAUGAACAAUAAAUUAGCAUUUCGAUUAUUUGAAUUUCUCCAAACAUUAUACAACUAGCUGCUGAGUCGUCAUCAGCAGACUUGAACCGACAGUUAAGGAAAUAGUUAGGAUUAGCGGAUUAGCGGAUUGUUCUUGAUCGCUUUUUGCGAAGUUGUUACUCGUUGCAUAUUCUUUACAUCCAAAAGUAAGCGUCUACUACCAAGCUUAAUCAGUUAGUGACAAAACACGCCAACGACGCGUAAAGCACAAGCACUUAAGGUGAUAUUGUUUCCAAUUUUGCGAAAACAAAUGUGCUGAAAGAAACAAGACACAAUGUCAGAAAUAAUAUUUUUAUACGUACUAGAACGGCGCAAUUGUUGAAAGGCCGUUCCAAACAACGAUAUAUAAAAUCUUUUCACCGUUGUAGAAACCCCUAGUUACAGAUAUCUAAUUGUUCGGCCGCUUAAUGGACGGUUCGGCCAAAAUAGCAAAUAUUCGCAAUCGUUAAAAUGCAAAUCUAAAUGUAAAUAU